AUGACAGACGGGGAGCUAGGCCUGUGGAGAGACAACUUCGAAACAGCAUUACUAGCGGAUCGGGUGACUGUCAAAGCGACGACGGGCUUUUCUCCAUUUUACCUUCAGCAUAGGUCGGAAGCUGCGCUGCCAAUUGAGACGAGGAUCCCCACCUGGCGUACCUUCGACUGGGAAAAUGUACAGUCAACAGCAGACCUCCUGGCACUGCGAGCGAGGCAAAUUCAGCUCAGGGAUGCCGAUCUUGAGGAGGCCGCCGCAAUGCAGAAGCGAAUGCGUGCCCAGGGCAAAGAGCAAUUUGACCGCACUAGGCGGAUUCGUAUUACGGGUAUCAAGAGGGGGGAUAUUGUACUGCUUCAUGACGCGCUGCAGGAGAAAGAUAUGUCAUCGCGAGUCAAGCUGGGGUAUAGGUGGCUGGGACCAUUCAGGGUUGCGAAGGCGUUUCCGGACAAGGGAACGUACAUGCUCGAAGAAUUGGACGGCACUAUGCUUAAGGGGACCUUUGCGGGCCGCCGACUCAAGGCUUUCAGGCGAAGGGGGGGGGUACUUGAGCCCGUGGAAAUAGGCGGGAUUGGCGAGGGCGAUGCGACGCCUGAUGCCGGGCACUUUGGGCCCGAGCGGGAGGCAGCCGAGCCCGAGCAGGAGACAAUUGAGCAUGCUUUAAGUGGGGACGACGAAGGGCCCGAAGAUGAGAGGCUAAGGCCGCCUGUCACACGCAGACAGCAGGCAAGAGCGGAUGAUAUGGAGAGGUAG